AUGGAGGAAUCCCAAAGUCUCCGGUCGCUAUUCGCAUCUGCAAAGGAUGCGAAGACAGCGCUAGAAUCAAGGGGAGAUACCAACACCGAGAGCUACCGGGACGCAGUCAAUGCGGCGAUCGCCAAGUUUCACGAAUGCCAGCGACAAGUCAGCAUUUUGUCGCUAUUCAGUUCGAAUGAGUCGCUAGACGAUGUAUCAACGGGAGAUAUUCAGUACAUGACGUUGGAGUACCAUCUUGCCGAACUCACACAACGAGGUCCUACUGCUGAUCGCGAAGCUACCCUUCGGAGCGCCCUGGAACAAUACGAAAGAUUUAUUACACGGCUUGACGAAUACGAGUUACUAUCUGCGGGGGACAAGAAGCUGUUGGAACAAUACAUGGCCAGCCCAUCAACCUUCACACUCGCACCCUUAAACGAUGCCGCAGCUCGGCGAGAUGUCAAAGUGAGGCGCUUUAGGGAGGAGAAGGAGCUUAAGCAAAAACUGGAGUACCUUGCUCGCAACGAAGCUCGACUCCAAAGCGACGAUGACGAUACUCGACGACUUUACUUAGCAGAGCUGCAGCUCUAUAUACACCAGAGCUUCCAAGCCCUAGACCUGUUGAUCCAAGAACUAUCAAUGCUAUCUGCCAUGCGCAAUGCCCCCGCACCCUCACAACCGACCCCCGAUGACCCGAGACAACGAAGUAGCCUGGGAGGCGCAAACUUCUCAGACCGCUUGGACCCGUCCCUGUCACAACUCUUGGGCCGGGGAAGAGGUGGACCGCUCUUGAACAGCAAAGGCAAGCCGAUGCAGCCCUUCACAUUGCUGGAUCGUCGCACGCAGCUGCAGCAAGGUGUGUUCCGGUCUGGUCAUAAUCUUCCAACCAUGACGAUUGAGGAGUAUCUGGACGAAGAGCACCGCAGGGGAAAUGUACUCCAGGGUGGCGAGCAGUCGGGCAUGAAACCGGAGGUUGACGAGGAUGAUAUGGACAAGGCGGAUCAAGAAACCAUGAAAGCCCGUGCGUGGGAUGAAUACGUGGAGGCGAACCCUAAGGGGUCGGGCAAUACCUUGAAUCGCGGUUAA